UGAGGAGGGUGUAUUGUACAAAGUAUGUUCACAAGGGCGGGGGAAUAUCACAAAGUACAUUAUUGCAAGGGGGGUGGUGUAUUGUCACAAAGUCAAUUGAUCAGUUAGGGUGAGGCAGGAACAAAUCACAAUGGUGGAAUGUCAUCAGUUAAGGCAGGAACUGGCUAUUUUCACUUUUUUUCUGGAUCUUCAGUAGCUUCAGGCCAUCUGGAUGUCCACGUGCAGGUCACAGGCGAUAUGAUGGCUUAGCUUGGGCUCAGAGGCCUGAAGAAUUGUUCCCUUGCAAAAGUGAUGUAUUGUCUGACUCACCCACUUGCUCCCUGCAGUCUCCCUGCGUCUGGUAUACAAUAGGUGCAUAAGCAAUGUUUGUUGAUUGACUGACUGAAUGGGUGGGAUGGUUAAAAUUCUGCUCACUUCCCUCCCUUUACCAUCUCCCGAGAAACCCAUGGGGCCCCCGUAGAACCCAGUUUGAGAAUCAGUGCUUUAGAUCAGCAUUUUCACUUUACGGAUGGAUCAGCUAUGCACCCAAAGCCAGGUAGCCUUCAGGCUACAGGUAGAGCCUGGGUCAUGUCCUGGGCCUCGAAAUUCCUGCACCCUUAUCCAGUCUUACGGGUGAGAUUAGGACACCCCGGAAAUUGGCUUCCAGACAAUAUCUGUGCUGCAGGGGAGAACACCCUAGGUCACCUGGUAACAGGUGUGUGCUGCAGUAUACACGUCCUUGUUCCUCCUCUUCUCUGUUCCCACCUCCUCCCCGCCCUAGGAAACCUGCCAUGGCCUCCUGGUGAGCCGCCCUCAUCCACUGCUCGCUGCCUCUCCAGGUGACUGCAGGGAACUCCGCUCUACACUGCAAGGUUUAGACCAGCUGGUCCAACAGAGAAAGCAGGCAACCACUAUGUCAUUUGAAAACAGUUUCAUCGGGAUAUAAUUCGCAAACCAUACAGCGAAUCCAUUUAAGAUACUCUGACCCAUGGAUCUCCUGGGCGCUGCCAAGCCACAAUGGCCGUGGCGCCGCUGUCUGGCCGGGCUGCUGUUUCAGCUGCUGGUGGCUGUGUGUUUCUUCUCCUACCUGCGUGUGUCCCGAGACGAUGCCACUGGAUCCCCUAGGCCAAGGCUCAUGGCAGUGGAACCUGUCACUGGGGCUCCCAAUGGGUCCCGCUGCCAGGAUAGCAUGGCAACCCCUGCCCGCCCCACCCUCCUGAUCCUGCUGUGGACGUGGCCUUUUAACACACCCAUGGCUCUGCCCCGCUGCUCAGAGAUGGUGCCCGGCGCGGCCGACUGCAACAUCACUGCUGACUCCAAUGUGUACCCACAGGCAGACGCGGUCAUCAUGCAUCACUGGGAUAUCAUGCACACCCCCGGUGCCAACCUCCCGCCCCCCACCAGGCCGCAGGGGCAGCGCUGGAUCUGGUUCAGCAUGGAGUCCCCCAGCAAUUGCCAGCACCUGGAAGCCCUGGACGGAUACUUCAAUCUCACCAUGUCCUACCGCAGCGACUCCGACAUCUUCACACCCUACGGCUGGCUGGAGCCAUGGUCCGGUCAGCCUGCCCACCCACCGCUCAACCUCUCGGCCAAGACCGAGCUGGUGGCCUGGGCGGUGUCCAACUGGGAGCCGGACUCGGCCAGGGUGCGCUACUACCAGAGCCUGCAGGCCCAUCUCAAGGUGGAUGUGUACGGGCGUUCCCACAAGCCCCUGCCCCAGGGGACCAUGAUGGAGACGCUGUCCCGGUACAAGUUCUACCUGGCCUUCGAGAACUCCUUGCACCCCGACUACAUCACCGAGAAGCUGUGGAGGAACGCCCUGGAGGCCUGGGCCGUGCCCGUGGUGCUGGGCCCCAGCAGAAGCAACUACGAGAGGUUCCUGCCGCCCGACGCCUUCAUCCACGUGGACGACUUCCAGAGCCCCAAGGACCUGGCCCGGUACCUGCAGGAGCUGGACAAGGACCACGCCCGCUACCUGAGCUACUUUCGCUGGCGGGAGACGCUGCGGCCUCGCUCCUUCAGCUGGGCACUGGAUUUCUGCAAGGCCUGCUGGAAACUGCAGCAGGAAUCCAGGUACCAGACGGUGCGCAGCAUAGCAGCUUGGUUCAACUGAGAGGCUGGUGUGGGGCCUGGGCUGCCGGGAACCUCAUUUUCCUGGAGCCUCACCUGUCUGGGGGCCUCAUCUACCUAAAGACUCGCUUGCCUGAAGCUUCACCUGCCUGGGGACUCACCUGCCUGGGAAGGUC